AUGGAGUGCUCCGCGUUUCUACGUUUAUGGCGACAGUGGAUCCGUUUUGUGGUUGUUGUAGUCUACAUUGUUCUGCUGGUAAUCGCCGUGCCGCUGUGUAUCUGGGAACUGGAGAGGAAUGGGGCCCCGCCUGACGUCCAGGCUUGGUUUGUGGGUGGUAUGUUUGUCCUGAUGGCAUUGCCUAUUUCUUUUUGGGGCAUCCUCCAGCAUGUUAUCAACUACACAACCCCGCAUCUACAGCGGUACAUCAUCAGGAUCCUCUGGAUGGUGCCGAUCUAUGCUUUAAAUGCAUGGUUUGCUCUGCGCUUUCCUGGUGCUGCCAUCUACCUGGACACACUGAGAGAAUGUUACGAAGCAUAUGUCAUCUAUAACUUUAUGGCGUACCUGUUGUCCUUUCUGAAUCACGAAUACCCGCACCUAGACAUCCAGAUUGAAAACAACCCCCCAGUGGGACAUAUAUUUCCGUUAUGCCUUUUACCUCCUUGUCAAUAUUCAUCAAAGUUUAUCCAGCACUGCAAACAUGGAGUUUUACAGUACACAGUUGUCAGGCCUACCAUGACAGUUAUUGCUUUGAUCUGUGAAAUGUUUGACAAAUAUAGUGAGGGAGACUUCAACUUCAAAUCAGCCUGGUCCUAUAUUGUCAUUAUCAACAAUGUGUCACAAAUUAGAAAGGAACACCUAAAUAUACUUUUUCCAAUAAAUAUAUUUUUCCAACUAAAAACUGACAUUUUGCAAAAGUUAAAUUUUUU